ACAAGGCCCAAGUGAAUAAGAGUUGAGUGAGCCUCGGGGCUCUAGAAUUGAUUUUCUCUCCUCUUCCACGUAGUUUCACAGUUGAUUUUUAUAACCUUCUUCAAAAUUAUAGUGAGAUAUGCUGAUUAAGCACUGCAUUACUACUCUUUUUUUUCAAAGCUGUACCUGUCAUACUUGAAGUGAAACCUACCACUCUGUUCCCAUCGAGGAACCAGGAGAACUGACACCGGGUCCCACCUAACAGAUAAGCCGGCAGAGGCCCCACAUGGCAGCAACCCAGCACCAGCUGCUCCCGGGCUCGAGGAUAUUUUUGUCCGUAUGCCCACCAUCCCAGCAACUGACGGAGGCAAGGCCACCACGUGGCGACACAUGGUUGGCUGCUCGGUCGCGUGCUGGGAGACCACGACCUGUGAGCGCGCCACGUCCUAACCACUCGACGGCGCACUCCCCGCUCCACUGCGCUGCGCUGCGCCCCCAAUACCCUGGAUCCCCUGCGCCGUCUUCCUCUGCUGCAUCAUUCGCAAUCUCAGGUCACGGAACUCUACCCACUCGUCAGCACCAAGCUACAGCUAGCUAGUGCUCGUGCCUUUCCGACGAGAGGCGCAUGUGACUCGGUAGCAGUCUUGAGGCUUUGAGCUCUCCUCACCUGGUGUCCAUGUCUUUUUGGUGCUGAGCUGAGACUGAGAGACACGUAAGGAGGAGGACGAGGGAGGGAGGGAGGGGAUGGAGUUCAAGAACUGGGGGUCGUCGUCGCAGCGCCGGCCGGCGGUGGUGGUGGACGAGGGGCAACCGUUGGCGAGACAGGGGUCAGUCUAUUCGUUGACGUUCGACGAAUUCCAGAGCGCGCUCGGCGGGGCCGCCACCGGCGGUGGCGGUGGCGGUAGCGGUGGCAUCCCCAAGGAUUUCGGCUCCAUGAACAUGGACGAGCUGCUCCGGAGCAUCUGGACCGCGGAGGAGACCCAGGCCAUGGCCUCCGCCUCUGCCGCAGGAGCGGGCGCGGGGAUGCCGCUCACGCCGCUGCAGCGGCAGGGAUCGUCGCUCACACUGCCCCGCACGCUCAGCGCCAAGACGGUCGACGAGGUGUGGCGCAAUCUCGUGCGCGACGAGCCGCCGCAGGCGCAGGUGGCGGACGGCGGCGGACACCACCAGCAGCACCGCCAGUCGACGCUCGGGGAGAUGACUCUGGAGGAGUUCUUGGUCAGAGCUGGCGUGGUCAGGGAAAACCCCGCUCCAGCUCCUCCAGCGCCACAGCCCUUGACCAUGAUGCCGCCGCGGCCGGUACCUGUUGCCCCUAAAAGCUCCGCCUUUUUCGGGAAUUUACCGGGCGCCGACGACGCCGCAGCUGCGGCAGCGCUGGGGUUCGCACCGGUCGGCAUGGGGGAUCUGGCCCUGAUACCGCCCAGGGCGGCGGCAGGCAUGGGAGGCAGCGCCAUGGCUGUGCAAACAGCGGUGAAUCAGCAGCUUGAUUCUGGCGGGAAGGGGUACAGCGACCUGUCGUCGCCAACGGAGCCGCUGCCUUUUUCAUUUGAAGGGAUGAUUCGGGGGAGAAGGCAUGGAGGCGGAGUGGAGAAAGUGGUGGAGAGGCGGCAGAGGAGGAUGAUCAAGAACAGGGAGUCCGCCGCGAGGUCCCGAGCGCGCAAACAGGCUUAUACAAUGGAGUUAGAAGCUGAAGUUCAGAAACUCAAGGAGCUGAAUCAGGAACUGGAGAGGAAACAGGCAGAGAUUAUGGAAAUGCAGAAGAACGAGACACCAGAAAUGUUGAAGGAUCCAUUCGGACGGAAGAAACGGCUGUGCUUGCGAAGAACACUGACUGGCCCUUGGUGAUGAUUGUCUGAAACAGCCGAUGACUUGCAGUUGCUACAUACCUGCAGUGGUGCUUGGGAUCUGUACAUAAUUUCUCCCCUAUAGACUAGCGAUGAACAUAGUCGGAAUGAUUGUACUGUUAGCUCCCUUCCGCCGCUUAUGUAGUGCAGCAGUACCAUAGUGGCGGAAUCGAAAACUGACAUGUAGAUUAUGUUAGUAGAGUUGCCUAGCUUUGCAUCUUGCCAGAACAUCGUAUUAGAGAUUGGAUGCUUUUAAAAGAUCGGUGACUGGGUGUAAGUAGAUUGAUGGGAUCCAAGCAUGGCAGCGUUCAGGAUGCAGCCCGGCUUGACGACUGUAUAUCUGAUGGCUAUAGAGCUGUAGUAUAUGCAAACUGUCCCGCCGCUGCUUGUGUGUAAUGGUGAAAUCAGAAUCCAUUAUCUGUAUACUUAGCAAAUAUACUCACAAGAACUUCUAAUACCAUUCAUAAAAACUAUUGAUUCAAAA